AGUUCUCAGCCAAUCUUCGUUCUUCUUUCACAUUUUCCCCUCCAAUCACAUCUCGUUAUUUCGUGGAAGAUAUUCUCGCAAGCGUCGCGACACGCAGUUAGAAACAGUCGCAUUCCCCAGUACGCCGCCUCAUCUCGAAGGCCAUGGGCGACGCUGCGGAGCUCAAGAAGAAAUGCGAGAGCCUCAAGGAGACGAUUGAGAAGACGCGUGAAGCCAAGAGUGAUGGCGGCUUCCAGAGCGCCAAUGCCAGCUCCGGCGCCAAGGCGAUCCUGGCCCCACCCAAAUGUCGACGACUAUUGAAAGGCCACUUUGGCAAGAUCUACGCCAUGCAAUGGGGCGGAGACAGCUCGAGUCUUGUGUCGGCGUCACAGGACGGCAAGCUCAUCGUGUGGAACGCUCAGACCACCAACAAGAUCCAGGCCAUCCCUCUACGCUCCAGUUGGGUCAUGACCUGUGCCUUCGAGCAGAAGCAGCGCAACAUGGUCGCCUGUGGCGGGUUGGACAACUUGUGCAGCAUUUUCCACCUAUCACAGGCGCAGGUGAUGCGCGCCACCAAGGAACUAGCCGCCCAUGAUGGCUACCUGAGCUGUUGCCGAUUCGUCGACGAAGCGAACAUUGUCACUAGCUCGGGGGACUCCAACUGCAUCUUGUGGGACGUCGAAAGUGGCGAAGUAAAGACCACAUUCCGCGAACAUUCGGGCGACGUCAUGUCCGUGAGCAUUAACCCACAUAACCCCAGUAUGUUUAUUUCGGGCUCGUGUGAUUCGACCGCCAAGGUCUGGGAUAUCAGAACGGGCAAGACCACGCACACGUUCCAGGGCCACGAGUCGGAUAUUAACUCGGUCGAUUUCUUCCCGAGUGGCAACGCUCUGGGUACCGGCUCGGACGACUCGAGUUGCCGUCUCUUUGAUCUUCGAGCGUAUGGAGAGCUCAACAACUUCAGUAACGACAAGAUUCUAUGCGGCAUCACGUCCGUGAGCUUCUCUAAGUCGGGUCGCUUCCUCUUCGCGGGCUACGACGACUACAAUUGCUACUGCUGGGACGUGCUCAGCACUUCCGGAGCGCAUAUCUACCAGCUCGCGGGACACGAGAACCGUGUGUCUUGCCUCGGAGUUAACCCGGCAGGUCAGGCACUGUGCACAGGCAGCUGGGACACGCUACUCAAGAUCUGGGCCUAAUAUCUGGCAAAAAAAAGAAGGUGUCAUAGGCAACUUCACCUGCAGCAUUUUAUAUCAGAUUCUACCUGCAUUUUUCAGUUUUUUUUUAUUUUGGUCUAUUUCAAGAAAGUGGAUAUAAUCUAACUUGUUAGAGCGUGUGCUUAAAUGUAAGGUACCCAAGAAAUUGUCGGAGCUCGUGCCACUCGAUACGUCGCGUGGCUUGACCAGGUCGUGGCGAGACUUGAAAUGAUUGAGAAUUAUGCCGCGUUUUCUCAGUUGAUCCCAGGUCGAUUCUGGUUUAGGCGGCGCGUUUAUAGGGUCUAAAUAGUCUAUAAAAUGGAAACUAGACCAAGUUGAA